AUUCUGUCUUUCACUGUGCAAAAAGAAGUCAGUCAUGUGACUGCAACAGCACCCCACUGUUCAGCCACGGAUAGAUACAUAUAGAGAGACGACCGGACGACAAAAAGGAAAGAAAGAAAGAGUAUCACAAACACGAAACAAACAUCCCAACUACAAUCCUGAAUAAUCCAACAAAUCCCAAUCCCAAUCCCACCCAGUUCUUGACAGAAACCCCCACCCAAAAAUAAAAAUAUCAUCUCUCACGUCAUUCCAUUGCACCACCUGUUCAUGUUUUUUCCGAAAUCGAACCGAAUUAAGGGCCUGCUCUGCUCUGCUCUGCCUUGUCGGCAAACUAUUUCAACACCAUAUGGCCGGUGAGUUCCACCAGCAUCAACACCCUCUAUUCUACCAAUCAAGCGGCGAUGGCCCCUCCGGAGGGUUUGGGAAUUUCUACAACGCCGCCGCUGGAGGAACCCUUAAUGAGGGGCCGGCUCAGAUGUUGUCCUCCCCUUCCCAGUCCCAGGUUAAGAUUUCUCCGGGGGGCCCUUCUUCCUCGACGCUCUUAUUGGAUUCGGUUCCCGGCCUGAAGCAUGACACCGGUCUUGCAGUCGAAUGGUCCGUGGAGGAACAGUAUAAGCUCGAGGAAGGCCUUGCCAAAUUUGCGAGUGAACCCCAAAUUAUGCAGUAUAUAAAGAUAGCAGCUUUGCUAAAUGACAAAACCGUGCGUGAUGUUGCUCUACGGUGUCAGUGGAUGGCGAGGAAGCGAAGGAAACAGGACGAUCAAAGCAUCAGAAAGAAAUUCAAGGAACAGAAGGAUAAAUUGAAGGAAAUGUCUUUGAAGAAUAACAUAACUGCACCUUCUUCAGUGAGUGUGCCAUCGUAUUUGUCAGCCACAAAGCUUCAUAAUCUGAGUGAUUGCAUGCAUUCAGGAGUACUGAGUCACAUGUUCAGACAUCUCUUGGAAGAAAACAAUCAAGCUUUUUUGCAAAUAUCUGCAAAUCUUUCAACUCUCAAGUUGCAGGAUAAUAUUGAGCUCUUUUCACGCACAAAGAACAAUUUAACUACCAUUUUGAAUGACAUGAGAAAUAUGCCUGGGGUUAUGGGCCAAAUGCCACCUCUUCCAGUGCUCUUAAAUGAGGAACUUGCAAGUAGCAUUUUUCCGAAUUCAUCUCAGUUUAGCGUUCCAGGUCCGAUACUUCUAAAGCCAGAGCCGGGAUGCUGAUCGAUGUCGUGAUCUCACAAGUUAGUGUUAUGUAAGUAGGGAUUUCUGGAACAAGCUUUUUGUACACAAUGAGUGAGUCAUGUGUUAUUGUUGGGAAUAUGAAAAUUGUCUGGUAUAUAUAUAUAUAUAUAUAUAUUU